AUGGGACAAGGUUUUUCUGUACUUUGCCAAGAUCCUAAUAGUGAUUCAAGUUCUACUUCUAAAAAUAAUAAUCACUCAAAUUCGAAAAGUAAAAAGGAAAAUAUUGGAAAUUCUAAACGUGAAAAAAAAUCUGUAAAGAAAAUGAAUACACCAACACUUGUUUCAACUAAUAAAAAGGAAAAUGGUUCUACUUCAAAUUCUGUUUCUAAUUCUUCUCAUAAAAAGAGAACUAGUGCUUCUUAUCAUUUAGAAAAUAAUGAUGGCGACGAUGAAGAUGAUGAAAACAGUGGAAAUUUUAACGAUAAUUCUAUUAGGAAAAAAAAUACAAAAUAUACCGAUAGCGAGAAAAUAGAUAGCAAUAGCAGUGGUAGUGGAAGUGGCAGCGGUAGUGGAAGUGGUGCUUAUGUCGCUAAGAAUAGCAAGGAAUUGAAACAAACUAACACCGCUGAAGAAUCAAAUUCUAUUAACAAUAAUAACAAUGACGAAAUUGUAAACCAAAAUAAUUUAUCUGCAAAUGGUCAAGGUAAUACUAAUAAUGUCGAUAAUGAUGAAAAAAGUCAAAUUCAUAUUUAUGAUAAUACUAAUAGUACGAGCACUAGUAGUAAUUGUUCCACUUUUAACCAAACUAAUAUCGAUAUUAACGAUAGCCAACAAAGCGAAGGACAUAAUAAUGAUAAUAGCAAUAAUGAUACUUCGAUCAUUGUAAACAACAAUGAAAACACCAGUUCAAAUGAGGAAUAUCCUCAACAAUCAAAUAAUGUAAUUCCUUCUUAUACUGAUGGAGAUUACGAUUAUGAUAGCUCUUCUUUCAUUCAAGAUAACUCAAGCUAUUUGGAUUUAUCAAAAUUACAAGAACACCAAUAUCAUGCACCUGGUUAUGACACUUUGCUAGCAAAGAAAGAUCCUGUAUUUAAAAAUAAAAAAUGUCUAGUCCUUGAUUUGGAUGAAACUUUGGUCCAUUCCUCAUUCAAAUAUAUAGAUACUGCCGAUUUUGUAUUACCAGUAACUAUCGAUGAUCAAACUCACCAAGUCUACGUUAUCAAAAGACCUGGUGUCGAUGAAUUUUUAAAAAGAGUAGGAAAGAUAUUCGAAGUUGUAGUAUUUACUGCAAGUGUCUCAAGAUACGGUGAUCCAUUAUUAGAUAUAUUAGAUUCUUCAAAGUCUAUCCAUCACAGAUUAUUUAGAGAGUCGUGUUACAUCUAUGAUGGUAAUUAUGUGAAAAAUUUAUCUCAAAUUGGAAGACCUCUAUCCGAUAUUAUCAUUUUAGAUAACUCUCCUGCAUCGUACAUUUUCCACCCACAACAUGCAAUUCCAAUAUCAUCCUGGUUUUCCGACACACAUGAUAAUGAAUUGUUGGACAUUAUUCCUAUCUUGGAAGACAUUUCUAAGCCAUUUGUUCCAGAUGUCGGAAAAAUCUUAGAUGUUACUAUAUGA